AUGCCGUCUUCUCCAAAGCUCGAAGCUACACUUCCUCGUGUGCACAUUGUCCGGCGUGGGUCUGUUCAAGUGGCUAAACGAUUCUUCCUCGGACGCAAAGGAUUCAGACGAACACUUCUUCUCUCUACGUUCAUCGUACUCGUAUACUACACUUUCUUCAAACAGAGCCCGAGGGGCGAAUACGACAUGCAAUUCAUGGAGGAGACCGAUGAAGAUAUUGUACAGCACACUUCUCAAGCCAGGAGGUCACAUAGAGAGGCAAGAUUAGAGAGGGAGAGGGAAAGAGAAUGGAACUCGCGCAUACGUCCCCCAAUGACGCGGUCAGACGACGGUUUAGUCCGUGUCGGUGAUUGGGACGGCCGUCAUCCGCUCUUUGAAGUCAUCGCGACAGCGGAGCAGGGGACUGAGCUUGACUUCAGGCCUUUGACGAUAGGUGAGGCUUAUGAGGCAUAUAUGACAACCUAUGGAAGACCUCCACCCUCCUCCUAUCCAGAGAUGUUUAGCAUUCUUGCCCCACAGUGUCCAAUACCGUCAGUCAGCUCGCUAUACCUCUACAAACCCCUCGCUCCAGAUCUCCUGCGGAGCUAUGAGACGAGCUUGGAGGGUUCUCCGAUGACUAUUACUAUCAUCAUCAGGAACGGACGAGCUGGAGGUGGCGCGGCAGAGGCUGAAGACGGGAUGCAUGUUGCAAGGGAUAUCUCGAGACACUUGAUGAAUAUCCUGCUGGAAGUUGGCGAGUAUUUACCAGAUCUUCGCUUCACGCUCUCAGUCGAUUUUCCACGGAAUCCAGUUCCCUACAAGCUUCGUGAGGAUAUGGCGGACCUUCUACGGCUCGGAGAGCGCUUCGGCAUCUCGGAAGCCGGUGACGACGAUAAUGGGGGCAAUGGAGUCUACAACUUUCGUGAUUGGUCUGAAGCGUGUGCCGCAAACGACCCAGUGAAUAAAGGUGUGGAAAUCAAAGAGCAUCCGAACAAUACGGUCAAGUUUAUCCAUGCAAACCGCCCCUUGUCGCCUUGUCGCCACCCAAGCCUCUUCACCCUCUCGGACUACUUUUCUGGACCAGCACCCAACUUUGGUGUACUCGUCCCAGUCUUUUCUUUCAGUCAAACUGCUAUCAAUGGCGAUAUCCUACUUCCGCGUCCAGAUACGAGUCAGACCAUCCCAUCAAAGGUCCCGUGGGGUAAGAAGAGCCCAACACUGUAUUGGAGAGGUCCAGCAAGUCUAGGGGGAUCAACUGAUGAGUUGGUAGUGCCAAUUAACCGACUUAUGGCUAUGCUCGAUCAAAGACGGAAUCUCGCUUCAGGGAAGCAGCAUGUUCUCGUUCCACGCAGUGAUGAUAGGUUCGAAGUACAAAACAAACGCCCGUUCGAGCUCCUAUCCACUCGCGUGGACCUCGCCUUUACUUCAUGCGGUGAUAGAACGGGUUGCGAUGACAUGCACGAGCGAUAUCGAUUUGUCGAUGUGUCUGAAACGCAAUGGGAGCAGGCGAAAUUUGUCCUUGACAUCGAAUCAUAUUCGGAGUCGACCACCUCGUUCCGCCAGCUUCUUCUCUCUGGCAGUCUGGUGUUGAGAUCGAGCCUAUUUCAAGAUUUUUGGGUUUCACAAGCCAAGCCUUGGGUGCAUUAUAUCCCAAUACAACCAGACUUUAGUGACCUGCCAACAAUUUUGCUAUUUCUCGAGGCGAACGAUCACAUUGCAAAGCGUAUCGCCACCGCUGGACAAGUCCUCGCGAGGGAGUGCUUUGGACGGUCCGGGAUUAAAGCAGUCAUGCCUUCCGACUCUUCGUAUCAGUUUACCGUCUAUAAUCACGAGAGCGGCGUCAAUAUCUUUAAGAUUCUCAUUCUGCUCAAUGAGCUGGGACUCACAUACAAAGAACGUCUCCUUGACUUUGGCAAGAAGGAGCACAAGGAGGAAUGGUAUUGCAAGAUGAUGCCCAAUGGCCGUAUCCCCGCGUUGGUUGAUCACUGGAACGACGACAAGGUCGUGUGGGAGAGCAACGCUAUGCUCAAAUAUCUCUGUCGGUACGAUACCGAGAAGCGAUUGACAGUGAGCAAUCCCGAACUCCAAAGCGAAAUGGACACUUGGUUGUUCUUUCAAUCCUCUCAUCAGGGGCCGAUGUACGGCCAAUUACAGUGGUUCUCCUUCUACCACGAAGAGGCAAUCCCAUCUGCCGUCCAUCGCUACACGGCAGAGACACGGCGCAUUUUUGGCGUUCUAGAUCGGGUUCUGCAGGACCGUGAAUGGCUCGUUGGCAACAAAUGUACGAUUGCAGACAUUGCCUUUAUAAAGUGCAACGAGUAUGCUGCGCGUUAUCUGCUCGAUGAUAACUUCAGCCUCUCUAAAGAGUUUCCCAACGUCGCUAGAUGGCAUUCGACCCUCAUGGCUCGCCCAAAGGUGGCGUGGGUGUUCAAGUACAAGGCUGAGCAGGAUUGCGGACGAGAGCGGCAGCAUGUCACGGGCGAGACGUUGUCUAGCUUUGCCUCUCGCGCUACUGGACUCUCCAAAAAGGCGAUUUUGGCUCAACCAGCUGCGACCGUCAACCUUUCCGCCAGUUAA